AUGGCUGAUAUAUUUGCGUGGCUCUUCUCCUUCUUCACCCUUAUUGCCUUAAUUAUUAUCAUUAUUUACCAGUUAAUGUGCCUGGCAGAUCUCGAGUUUGAUUAUAUAAAUCCCUAUGAUUCCACAUCUCGAAUAAACAAAGUGCUUUAUCCUGAGUAUAUUUUAUUAGGUGUUCUCUUCUUCUUCUACGUUGUAACAGGACAUUGGGUAAUGGCACUGUUCUGCGCUCCUUACGUCUACUACAACGUCAAAUUGUACAGACAAGGAAAGCAUCUGACUGAUGUUACAGAGAUAUUCAACACGCUCUCUCGAGAAAAGAAGCAACGGCUUUUCAAACUCUUCUAUCUAAUUUUUAUCCUAUUCCUCUCGUUAUUUUGGUUGAUAUACACAUCAUUGGACGACCAUGAGGAUUAG